AUGGAUCCCAAGACCGGGUUCGCCGAUAUUACUGAUAAGGAAAAGCAAGUUAUAAUAAGCUACUCCGAUGUAGAAAUGUUCUUCGUGGCCAGUAAAUACUUCUACCAAAACACCGAGAACGCUUUUUUCCGAAAGCACGCUGUUGCAAUAAUCUCCAUGCUCGCGAAGAGGAUUGAUAAUGAUACACUAAUUCCGUAUCUUGCUAUGAAUUAUUUUGAUCGCUUUUUUUCCAAAAACAGUUCGAUGUUGGAGGAUGUUGAAGGGUUCAUCGAUAUUAUAAAAGUUCGUUUGAUUGCUAUCGCCUGUCUCACCAUAGCUGCCAAGAUGAGGAUAAAAGACUUCUCAAUUGAACAAUUUUUGAUUACUUAUUAUAGGAUUGUGAAUGUGAGGAUAAGUCAUCAUAUGGUGAUGAGAACGGAGCUUCUCAUUCUCCGUGAACUUGACUGGGAAAUUCAAUCGGUAACUCCCUUCACCUUUCUGAACUUCUACUACCGUUACUUCAAAAAGUACGGUGGUUUUAAGCGUCGUUGCAUCAAUGAGAUAAUAGUUCAAGCUCAAGGAGAGCACACCUUCGUUGACUAUUAUCCUACUGUGAUAGCAAUCUCCGCUUUUCUGACUGCUUCCCAAAUUGCAUAUCCUGAUCAGUAUGGAGAAAUUAUAGUUCCCUUCACACUUACCAAAGUUUUGUCGAUGUUGCUUCAGUAUAAGGUCGUUCUUUGUGUGGAUGCGAUGGUUGAUCUUUGCAAUAAAUUGAACAUCCAGAUUGAGACCCCUGAAUCAGGAAUUUCUUCCACUUCAGAGUUAAAAGAAAGCCAACAAAACAAGAAAUCAGGAAUUCCCUCCACUUCAGAGUUACAGGAAAUCCAACAAAACAAGGAAUCAGGAAUUUCCUCCACUUCAGAGUUACAGGAAAGCCAACAAAACAAGGAAUCAGGAAUUCCCUCCACUUCAGAGUUACAGGAAAGCCAACAAAACAAGGAAUCAGGAAUUCCCUCCACUUCAGAGUUACAAGAAAGCCAACAAAACAAGGAAUCAGGAAUUCCCUCCACUUCAGAGUUAAAGGAAAUCCAACAAGACAGGGGCAAGACGAAGAUGGUAGUUGAUUCAAAUGAACAAGAAGAUGAUGACGAAGAAGUGGGGAGUCCGAUAAUGUGGCGAUUUCUGAACAUGAAGUGGAAAUCUCGGGCGCUGAAGAUAUCAGAGAGGGUUAAGGAAGAAAACAAAAAACUGGACAAGGGAGAGACAUCUGGUGGUGAUGAUAAGGCCAGGAUUGAGGUUAUAAUCCCACAACCGUUGGAAAAGGGUGAGAAGAUGGAGGGAUACAUUUCAGAAACUGCAGAGCUUGAAGAACUAAAGAGCCUUAUGAACUUUGAACUGAAGUGGCCCGAAGAAGUUCCAUCCACAGCUGAACUAGAAACACAAUUACAAACACAAACAGUUAACCGUUCUAAGUCAAAAGGAAGAAUUCUAAGAACUGCCAAGAAACUAGCUCAUGGUGACUGCAAAGUCGGUUAG